UCCAAGUGGCAAGUAAGUUACGCCAUAAAGAUGAACUUUGAACCUAAAAGUGUUUAUGAUUUUACUGUCCAAGAUAUUAAAGGGCAAUCCGUUAAUUUAAAGGAUUAUGUAGGAACAGUUCUUAUUUUGGUCAACGUUGCAAGUAACUGUGGAUUAACCAACAAUAAUUACGGCCAACUCCAAGCCAUAUAUGAAAAGUACGCACCAGAAGGUCUUGAGAUUUUAGCUUUUCCUAGUAAUCAGUUUGCUGGACAGGAACCGGGUUCCCCAGAAGAAAUCAUUCAGUUUGUUAAGAAUAAAGGUGUAACAUUUCCUUUGAUGGCCAAAAUAAAUGUUAAUGGACAAGACGUGUGUCCGUUGUGGAAAUACUGUAAGAAAGUUCUUCCUGGGUUUUUAAGUACAAAAACUAUCAAAUGGAAUUUCACCAAAUUUCUUGUUGAUAGAAAGGGAAUUCCUGUUAAACGCUAUGGGCCGUACGAAGAGCCUAAUUCCAUGAUACCUGAGAUAGAAAGAUUGUUAAACGAAAAGAUUAACUAAACUCUCUUUUUUAUAUA